AAAAGAAGAAGCAUCUGAAGCAUGGAGAAGCAGCAUGAGAAGCAGGUUUGGCCGAAAGCAGUCAUGCAGCAUUAGAUCUCUCCAGGUCAGGUCAGCGAAGCAACGUGACGACUCCCACGCAGAUCUGUGUCGACUACAGUACUGCUGUGGGCAAGACACUCGCCAUCCCAUCAAGGUAACAAAGGACAAGACGACACACUCUGCUUAACUGUCUUCAAGUGCUUCGUUUUGUCUUGCUGUCUUCACUCAAACAACAGACAGGCGUGAAACAUCAUGAUGUCCUCCCCAUCCCACUCAGCGGCCACCGACGGCCUUCACGAGUAUGACGAGCUCCUUGCCCGCAUUCUCAGAGCGGAGCAGCGACCUCCCGCUGCGUCGACCACCACCUGCACCCCGACAGAAUGGCCCACGCAGGUCGUCAAGCGGUCCAAGGAGCUAGAGGGCUUCGACUUGCGCAAGAUCCUGCGUCGUGUGGAGCGUGUGCUGCCCGGCCUGAAGAGCGACGUGGCGCGGAUCGCCAUGGGGGGAACGGGCAGGCGGAACGGCCUCGGCGCGCGGCGGGAGGAGGAGAGGGACGAGCUGCUCGUCACACUGGGCGCCAAGAUCGUCAAAGGGCUCACAGAGAAUGUACAUCACCUGACGACGGGAAGCACAUGGCGUGAUGCGGGCGUGUGUGUGUGUGUGUGUGUGUGUGUGUCAGAUAUCGACGCAGAGCAUUGACGAGUUCAUAGUUGAGACGAUAGCGUUCCACCAGGCUGACCACCCCGACUUCGCGAGGCUGGCCGGACGUCUGUGCGCGACGCAGCUGUGGAAAGGCACCUGCGACACCUUCAGCGCAGCCAUGGAGGCCCUCUACACAUACGUCGACGACCACGGCCGGGACUGCAGCCUCAUUGCCGAGGUACCUACCCUACUGGCCUGCCUCCACACACACAUAGACAGACACUCACACAGGUCGCUGGGCUGGCACCACCUGUCUGUCUGUCGGCAUGGCAUGUAUGUGAUGUGGCUGUUGGUGUGGUGUACAGGACACCUAUCGGUUUGUCAGGGAACACAAGGAUGAGCUGGACAAGGCCAUCAGGAACGAACGAGACCUUGACUUCGACUACUUCGGGUAAGUAACUAAGUGUCGAGUCGACAACAGCACACCACCGCACCACGCUCCCUCUUGUCGCACCGCACUCUCUGUUGUGUGUGUAUGUGUGUGUGUGUGUGUGUCUUCAGGUUUUGCACGCUGAAGAAGUCGUAUCUGCUGCGCAUCAAAGGACGGCAGGCGGAGCGACCGCAAUACCUGUUCAUGGUGGGUGCGGUGCGGCAGUCUUGGACCGGCUGAACUCGGGAGUCUGGAUUGGUGUGGUGUGGUGUGUGAUAUUGUGUGGUGUGUGUUGUGUGUUCAGCGCGUUGCGUGCGGCAUCUUCGCCCCCGACAUGGCCAAGGUCAUCAAGACAUACGACCUGCUCAGCAGGAAGGACUACAUACACGCCACACCCACACUCUUCUACGCAGGUACGGUACGCAGCAGCCGGCCCGCUGACACACACCAACAUGCAGCUAGCAUUACUGAGGUGAGGUGCGGUGUGGUGGUGUGGUGUGAUUUAGGCACCAAGAAGGCCCAGAUGGCGAGUUGCUACCUCAUGCAGAUCGCAGCCGACAGCAUCCCCGGCAUAUUCGAAACCGUCACACGAGCUGCCAACAUCUCGGCCGGAGGCGGAGGUCAGGCAGACCAGCACACACACACACACACACACAGAGAGAGAGAGAGAGAGGACGAAGACACAUCCAUCCAUCCAUCUCUGUUUGCGUGUGUGAAUCCCCCGCCCCCCAACCGACCCCCCCAGGCAUAGGUGUUGCAGUGCACGUCGUGCGUGCGGAGGGAGCGUACAUCCGGAGCAGCAACGGCCGGUCCAACGGCAUCGUGCCCAUGCUGCGGGUCUUCAACGCCACAUCGCGAUACGUGGACCAGGGCGGCGGCAAGCGCAAGGGCGCAUUCGCCAUCUACAUCGAGCCAUGGCACGCUGACAUUCUCGCAUUCCUCGUACACACACACACACACACAUACAUACGGACGGCAAGCACAUCACAUCGAUGGAGGGAGCCCGAUGUGACGCUCUCUCUCUCUCUGUGUGUCUGUGUCUGCGUGUAGGACAUCCGCAAGAACCACGGCAAGGAGGAGCACCGUGCCCGCGACCUCUUUUGCGGCCUGUGGGUGCCCGACCUGUUCAUGCGGCGCGUCGAGAGGGACGAGGAGUGGACACUCAUGUGCCCCGACACAUGCAGAGGCCUCAACACCAAAUACGGUCAGUCAGCCAGCCCACACAGGCCCGUGACAUCCAUCCAUCCAUCCAUCCCCCCCUCCUUGGUGCGGUGCGUGUGUGCAUCUCACUUACAGGUCGAGCAUUCGACGAGCUCUACGAGCGGUAUGAGCGCGAGGGCAUGGGUCGGAGGACGCUGCGGGCCCGCGACCUCUGGCGGCACAUAGUGCACGUGCAGAUCGAGACGGGCACGCCUUAUAUGCUCUACAAAGACGCAUGCAACUUCAAGAGCAACCAGAAACACCUCGGUGAGUGAGCCCAGCCCUUAGCAGAGAGGGAGGGACACACACACACAUAUAUAUCAUACCAUCAGGCGAGGCGAGUGAUGCAUACCGUACCGUCUGUGUGCGUGUGCGUUUGUGUGUGUGUUUGGUGAUGGGAUGGUCCUGCAGGCACCAUCCAGUCGAGCAACCUGUGCACAGAGAUCCUCGAGUACACGGCGCCCGACGAGGUGGCCGUGUGCAACCUGGCGUCCAUAUCCCUCCCCCAGUUCAUCAAGGAGACACACGCCACCGAGCAGCCACCGCCCCCAGCCGGCAAGCACACAAAUACACUGCAGACAGACACACGACACGACACCUAACGUGUGCAUCACUCUGUGUGGACGAAUGGGCCGUCUUGUCUUGCGUGCCUGCCUGCCGCUGUCUUGAUCUGUCCAUCCAUCAGAAGUGUGUUUGGUGGAUGAGGUGGUGGACGAGGACAUGAACGAGUCGCCCAGCUACUACAGGCGGUGCCGAUCGCCACUCAUACCCACCGUCCAGGACGACGGGAGGGCGGCCCACCCGGCCCUCUCACCCACCUCUCCCAGCAAGCGCACACACGACAGUCGCUUGGCGGGCGGCGGCCUCGGGCAGUUCGGUGAAGCUGGACUUGCUGAGAGUGGACCAAAGGUAGGUGCCGAGAGUGAUAUGGGCGUCUGUCUGUGCGUCAGGCGUCCUCCAUGAGUGUGUCGUGUGUCGUGUCUGCAGAGGCUGAAGAGUGGCGGCGAUGACGCUGCGGGGUCGUCUGUGUGCGAGGGUCCGAUGCUGCAUCGCUCCAGCCACGAGCCUCCGCCCAUCACCAAGAGCGGCCAGGCCGUGUUGGACAAAUUCGACUUCACUCGGCUGAGAGGUGACCACUCCACACACACACGCGCGCACAUGGAUCAUCCCUCCCUGUCUCCCUGUCUGUCAUCCUCACACAGAUGUUGUGUGCCACAUGGUUCGCGCCUUGAACCAAGUGAUCGACCGCAACGCCUACCCCAUUGCCGAGGCCGAGAAGUCCAACCUGCGGCACCGGCCGAUCGGCAUCGGCGUGCAGGGCCUGGCCGACGUCAUGGCCAUGCUGGGACUCGACUACGAGGGCGAGGAGGCGCGCCUCCUCAACUUUAAAAUCUUCGAACACAUUCACUAUGCUGGUCAGUCAGUGGGCCGCGUGGGUGAUGAUAUGAUGGACGGGACGGUGAAGGGCCAUGGCUGCAUUUCAUUUGUGUGGUGUGGUGUGGUGUGGUGUGGUGUCGUGUGUGGUGUCAGCAUUGAGUGCGUCGUGUGAUCUGGCUGCACGCGACGGUCCCUACGAGACCUUCAAGGGCAGCCCCGCCAGUGAGGUAGGUAACACACACACACACAUACACACAUACACACAUACACAAUACACAAUACACACCAGCAACGAGCAGCAACAGACCACUCCACUACCCUUCUCCCUUGGUUUCCAACAGGGCAAGCUGCAGAUGGACCUGUGGGCCGAGUAUGCAGCGGACUUCGCCCAGCGCAACCCCCUGCCCCCCUCUCCCGUGCCCUCCCCACACGCCCCCCUGAUGGGCCCCCCCUUCCCCUUCGACCCCCACCUCGACUGGGCAGGGCUGCGUCGUCGGAUCGUGAAGAAGGGGCUGCGGAACUCCCUGCUGACGGCCCCCAUGCCCACUGCGUCCACUGCGCAGAUACUGGGCAACAAUGAAAGUGAGAGAGACCGUCGUGCGACAGUCACACAACACAGAGGGAGGGAGGGAGGGAGGGAUGCCGAUCAACGGGCCUGUCCGUGGCUGUACGACUAUCUAUGUGUGUGUGUGUGUGUGUGGUCAGGUUUCGAGCCGUUUACGUCGAAUUUGUACCGUCGGUCGGUGCUGGCAGGAGAGUUUGUUAUAAUCAACCCUCACCUCGUCAGACAUCUCAUUCAAAAGGUGCCUGCGCACACGUGGCGUGGCAGGGACAAGAACGAUAUCCGACAGAAAGCUCGGACCGUCUUGUUGUGUGCAUUUGUGUGUAGGGCGAGUGGCCGUUGGCUACGGAGGACCGCGACAUGCUGAUAGCCCGCGGCGGGUCGGUGUCGAGCCUGUCGCUGCCUGGCGACACGCACAACGUCUACAAGACCGUGUGGGAAAUGAGCCAACGCACACUCAUCAACAUGGCCGCAGGUCAGGUCAACGGGGGGAGGCAGGCAUUCCAUUCUUGCCCUGCCCACACAUAGCAUACACGCAAGCAGGCAGAGAGAGAGAGAGAGAGAGACAUUGAAGCGGAUUGUGUGUGUUGAGUGUGUAUCAGAUCGGGGUUGGUUUGUGGAUCAGAGUCAGUCGAUGAAUCUGUUCCUCAAGACCCCCUCCUACGCCCAGGUCACAUCAAUGCACUUCUACGCCUGGCGGAAGCAACUCAAGACAGGUGGGCACGGUGGGCAGGGCAAGCGUGGACACCCCGUCCACCACAUGCAUCCCAACCGCCAUGCCAUCCAUGUGUGUCUCCUCUCCAUGGGUGCGUGGCCUGCUGCAGGUAUGUACUACCUGCGGUCUCAGCCCUCCCGCACUGCCCAGAAGGUAACGGUGCCGCCGCAGAUCACACGCCACGUGUCCAACGAGGAGUCGGCAAAGUUCCACGCCCAGCCCAAACACCUCACCCUCACACACCCCUCGCCAGGCAGGCCGCCCAUCCCCUCGGCUCACUCCGACAGCCACCUGCCGCUCAUGAGUGGCAUGAUGAACGGCACCCACGGCCAUGAGCAGGGGCAAGACGGGUCCGGGUCGAGCAGCAGUGGGAGUGUCGGUGCGGCGUGCUACAGGCGGCGGCAGCGUGCGAGCGAGUCGGACAACACCCCCAGCUGUGACAUGUGUGGCGCAUGAGUGUGUGUGUCUGGCGUCCAUAAGGCGUGUGUGUCAGUGAGAGCUCGUGUGUGUGUGUGUGUGGUUUGAGCGAGUGAGUGACUUUAGAUGGAGUGGCAUACCAUAUGGCAUACGGACGUCGAGAGCAUUGCGUUGCGUGUAGGACAUUAUGCAAUGACUGUGUCUUUGUGUAUACGGGCGAGAGGAGAGCAUAUUUGUUCAUCUCAUCGUCUAUAUAUCGGAGGGGAAGAGAGCCGGCUGUUGUCGGAUGGUAUGGUUGCGUGUCAGCCGAUCGGCUCCAAUGGAGCAGUGGCAUGGCAACGAUGGAUGGAUGGAUGCCCUUAAUUGCUGGGAUUGCAUGUGAUAUUUAUUGAUUUGGCUGUCAUGGUAGACACACAAGUGUGCUCUCCUCUCUCCUUCAGUGUACACCUUUCUCUGCACGAGUGCAUGGCCAUGGCCGGUGAGACUUCUCGAGCCCUUCCCUGAGGAGCGAUCCUUUCUU